AUGCCUCAGCUCUUGAAAAUUGGGGUGUCCCAAUCGCAUACGCUCUCGUCCCUGCAAGAAACUCUGUCCGCCCUUCGUGAGACCACCCAGCAGGCGGCGCAGAAAGAUGUGUCCAUCCUCCUCUUUCCCGAAGCCUAUCUCGGCGGGUAUCCGAGAACGUGUUCCUUCGGCGCGGCCAUUGGAGCACGCACAGACACAGGCCGUGACCAGUUCCUCGCCUACACGAAAUCUGCAGUGGAUCUGGGAGAUACACCGCAAGGGGCAGGAGAUGACUGGAUCGAGCGGAGGCUGCCAGUGAACAGAGAGACGGGCCGAAGAGGAGACGGGACAAGAGAGUUCCUCGAAGACGUGGCACGAGAGACAGGUGUGUUCGUCGUUACUGGACUCAUCGAAAAAGCAGGCGGCAGUCUGUAUUGUGCGGCUGUGUAUGUCGACCCAAAGAGAGGCAUCAUCGGCAAGAGAAGGAAAAUUAUGCCCACAGGGUCGGAGCGGCUGGUGUGGGCACAAGGGCAGCCAUCCACACUAAAAGCGGUAGCCACGACUAUUAGGGGAGUCAGAGUGGUCAUGGGAUGUGCGAUAUGCUGGGAGAACUUCAUGCCCCUGUUACGGUACAGCCUUUACAGUCAAGGUGUGAAUCUAUGGUUAGCACCGACCGCGGACCCGAGGGAUACAUGGGAGCCGCUCAUGAAGACUGUCGCUGGGGAAGGCCGGUGUUUCGUUCUCUCCACCAACCAAUGCAUAAAGAAGAAGGACUUGCCGACGUGGAUCACGAGCAACCCACGCGAGUGGUUGUCGCAACGCUCGAAGCCCGAGACGUUGAUGAACGGCACGACUUCUCCGAACCAUCAUCCCUCGACCGGUGGUGGUGGCCGAAGGCUCUCCAUGACCCGCACGGAGGAAAACCACGAGAUCGCAUGGCGCUGCAAGGACACGCCCAUCGACGAAAGCAAACCCCUGGAAUCAUCCACGCUGGAUUUGGACGCCAGCACGCCCUCGGCGCUCAGUGACGGGGAAGAAUUCGUCUCCCGGGGCGGCGCCUGCAUCGUCAACCCGCUGGGCCGAACCAUCGCCGGGCCCAUCUGGGAGAAAGAGAACGAACUCCUGUGGGCAGAGGUCGACUUCGACGAUUGCGAGAGGGGACAUUUGGAUUUUGACGCCACGGGCCACUAUGCGCGCCCAGACGCGUUCAAGUUGACGGUAGAGGGGCUGGAGUUGAUCCCGCCCCCUUGA